AGUAGAAGAGCCCAAGGAAAUUUCUUUUCGCAUUGUUAUAAUAUAACUAGUAAUUUUAUUUGUUAAUGGGAAAAUAGUUAAAUUUUUUAAAUAAAAAUUCAAAUUGAUAAAAUGUCAUUAAUGCCAUUAUCGGUGUUAUUGGUAUUGGCCAUAAUUGCGAGUCACAUUGAGAGCUUGAAUAGUGCAAAAAUUUUAGCUAUAUUCCCCUUCGACGGUCGCUCGCAAUACAUUUGCGUUGAAAAUUAUCUGAAAGCUUUAGCAAAGAGAGGGCACGAAGUCACUGUCAUUUCUGCAUUUCCACAAAAGCAGCCUUUACAGAAUUUUACAGAUGUUACUAUUCAUUUCGAAAAACAUAUUUUUGAAGAUCUAAUUGCAGACGCACCAGAGCCGACAAUCAGCAAAUGGCAAGAACUUAACUGGAGUAUCGAUUUUCUAAGCACACCCACACGCAAAGUGCUGGAGCAUACAGAGGUGCAGAAAUGGCUUCAAAAUGGCGUGACUUUCGAUCUGCUCAUCGUCGAAGCACUGCAACAGGAAGCUCUCUAUGCUUUGGCAUAUCACUUCAAAGCGCUACUCAUUGGUGUCUCUACCUUCGGAACUGAUAUUCGUAUCGACGAAUUAGUUGGAAAUACUUCGCCAAUCUCUUAUAUACCCUCAGUCACAAGCCAUUUUACAGAUCGCAUGAAUUUUCGUCAGCGUCUAGAAAGCUUAUACGUGCACAUUGUAGAGUGGCUACAUAAUCGUUUUGUGCUUAUACCCUUACAAUAUGAGUUGUAUAAGAAAUAUGUUCGAGUCAAACCACCAGCACCGUUUAUGGAAGUGCGCAAAAAUUUCUCACUGCUGUUGCUGAAUCAACAUUUCUCAGUGAGCAUAUCACGCCCAUACGUCCCGAAUGCCAUCGAAGUGGCCGGCUGGCAUAUUGAUCACAAACCCAGUAAGUUGCCUGUCGAUAUGGAAGCAUUUAUUAAUGCUUCUCCAAAGGGCGCCAUCUACUUCUCACUGGGCUCAAAUAUACGUAGUAAAAAUUUGUCCGAAAAGAGACGCGCCAUUCUAAUGGAGGUGUUUGCUUCGCUACCCUACAACAUACUCUGGAAGUUUGAAGACUCGGAAUUACCUGAAAAGCCCAAGAAUGUCUACAUCAGUAAAUGGUUUCCACAAUCCGAUCUGCUGGCGCACCCAAAUGUAAAAUUAUUCAUAACACACGGUGGACUGCUGAGCACCAUUGAGGCGAUCCAUUACGCGAAACCGGUGGUGGGUAUGGCCAUAUACUACGAUCAACAUCUGAAUGUGGCGCGUGCACAGGCCAAGGGCAUUGGUUUGGGUGUCGAUUUCAGGAGUUUCACUGCCGACCAACUUAAAAGUGUCAUACUUGAGGUGUUGAGCAAUCCAAAGUAUAUACGGCGCGUCGAAGAGUUAUCACGUUUGUAUCACGAUCAGCCGAUGAAACCGCUGCAGACGGCAAUUUAUUGGACGGAGUAUGUACUGCGUUAUAAGGGAGCACCACAUAUGCGUGUAGCAGCGCAAGAAUUGAGUUUGGUCGAGUAUCAUAAUUUGGACACGAUUGUUUUGCUAUUUGGUGGGCCGGCAUUGGUGUUGCUUCUUGUUGUUUAUAUGAUUAAGAAAAUAGUUACUAAAAAAUUCACAAAAAAUUACGAAAAAGUUAAAAGCACAUAACAACUGUUAACAAAAAAGAAAACAAAAAAUUACAAAAUAUGCACGAGGGGAGUUCAAUAAGUACUCGUGUUAGAAAUGAAAACACCAUUUUUGCCAAAUUUUUUUUUUAUUUCUCAACAGAGUCCCCUUUGAGAAAGAUACACUUCGCCAAACGCUCCGCCCAUUUUUUAUAUAUAUAGAUAUAUAAUUGGCGCGUACACCCUUUUUGCGUGUUUGACCGAGCUCCUCUUCCUAUUUAUGGUGUGCGUCUUGAUGUUGUUCCACAAAUGGAGUGACCUACAGUUUCAAGCCGACUUCGAACGGCAGAUAUUUUUAUGAGGAGCUUUUUCAUGGCAGAAAUACACUCGGAGGUUUGUCAUUGCCUGCCGAGGGGCGACCGCUAUUAGAAAAAUGUUUUUCUUAAUUUUGGUGUUUCACCGAGAUUCAAACCAACGAUCUCUCUGUGAAUUCCGAAUGGUAAUCACGUACCAACCCAUUCGGCUAUGGCGUCCCCUACAAAAAUAGGAUUUGUCGAAAUGUCCAAAAUACGCCUCUCUAUCGGCAAUGACUUCCUCGUUUGAACUAAAUUUUAUUCCCAGUAGCCAUUUCUUCAUGUUAGGGAACAAGAAAAAGUAUCAGGGAGUCAGAUCAGGUGAAUACGGGAGUGCAAUAGUAAUUCAUAAAGCAAAUCAAGCAGUUUGAUGGCGAUAACUCCGGAUGAAUGUGAUGAUGCGUUAUCGUUUUCGCCAAAUGCGGCCGUAUCUCCUUCAAUUUUUUGUCAAAGCGGUCCAAUAACCCACGAUAGUGGGUGACCGUUCUUUCUUGUUCUAAAAAAUCCAUGAGGAUGACGCCGUUCACAUCCCAAAAAAAUCGUCGUCACGACCUUUCCGGUUUAUGGGACUGUCUUCGCCUUCUUCGGAGCAGAUUCACCUGGAGAAAUCUAUUGUUUUGAUUGUUGCUUAUUUUUUGUUGUGUAAUGAUGAGUCCAGGUUUCAUUAACGGUGACAACUCGUUGCAAAUAUUCCUUCGGAUCUCGCUUAAAUUGCUCUAAACACUGCUUCUAAGUUAACAGCCGCAUCCGCGUGUUGUUGCUUGUGAGCAAUUGCGGCACCUAUCGGGCCGACAAUUUAUCGCUAACCUAUCAUGUCAAAUAUUUGCUGCCGUUCCAGUCGACACAUCUAUGGAUUUUGUUACGUCACGCACUUUCGAUGGUCGAUCAGCGAGAAUCAUGUCGUGGACUUUUCAUUUCCUCGGUAACCACGUCUGCCUGGCGUCCUGGUCGCU